AUGAGUGACCAUCGCACACACCCUCUCCUCGCUCAGAUCCCUCUGACGGUAUCUCCCUUUGUCAGUCUGCCUACCGCCGCCACAUUACCAUACACCUACAAGCCCAUGCCGUCGACGCUCCCACCGUCCAUCAGCGGCAUCACGACAACCUCGUCACCCACCGACACCGAUCCCUCGAAUCCCGCCUCCUCCUCGGCCGCCGCUACGGGCCCCAUUGACCACAAACCCCGCUACGUCGUCUCCACGUCGGGCCACGCCGCCCACCCCGACGACAUUAUUGCCUCGUGCCGCGCCCUGCAGUCCCACGUUGCCCAGAUGCAAGCCGACGCCGAGCGCGAGCUGCGCGAGCUGGACCAGCGCAUCCGUGAUCGCGAGCUCGCCGAGAAGCGCCGCGUUGCGCCCGGCUGGCUGGACAGCGAGUCCCGCCUGCUGGAGCCCGAGCGCAAGGCGGCCGAGGCCGAGGCAGACGGUAGUUGUGGCGGCGAGUUGAGCGCCGGGGAUGGAUUGGUGGCCGGUCAGUUUGCUCAAAUGAGUUUGGCGGAUCGGCAGGGCGCUUUGGAAAUGGCUGGCGAUAUUGACCAAGGGGCCGAGCUAGACCGUGCCUUUGGUGGCAAGUGA